AUGGCUAUUGCAGACUACUUUGAAUGGACCAUUGACUUUGAAGGUCAAAAGCUUGCCGAACAAUUGACACACCUGAUCCCCACCUUGUUUGCAGUUAUUGGUUUCGUCGUUGGAUACAGCAUGCAGUCGUUAUUGGUUACUCUGGAAAUCUUUGGUGCUGGUUUGGUAUUGACCAUGCUGUUGGUGUUGCCUCCAUGGCCCAUGUAUAAUCGUCAUCCACUCAAAUGGUUACCCGCAUCCAUGCAAUAG